AUGCUUCUUCCUCGUGACAGCAAUGGCGACGACGCGCGCGCCCCGUUACUCGCCAGCUACCGCGUCCCGCUCCCGCCGGCCGAUCCCCUCCUAGACAAGCCUCGUCGGCCAGAAUGGCUCAGUUUCUUGCGCGAUGGCCGGACGUCGGAGGUGGAUUGGGGCUCCGUGGGCGCCACGUGCAGGGAGUGGAUCAAGCACCCCAUGAACAUCGCGCUGCUGCUCUGGCUCCUCUGCGUGGGCGCCUUCGGCGGGAUGCUCGUGCUCCUCCUCCUCGGGCUCCUCGACCGGGCGUUCUCGGCGCCGGCGGCGAGGGCCCACUGGGUCGAGGUCAACAACCAGGUGCUCAACGCGCUCUUCACGCUCAUGAGCCUCUACCAGCACCCGCCCCUUUUCCACCACGUCUUCCUGCUCGGCCGCUGGCGCCUGCCCGGCGACGCCGCCGAGCUCCGCGCCGCGUACUGCGGCAAGGGCGGCGGCCCGCCGCGCCGCGGCGAGCGCGCGCACAUGGCCGUCGUCGUCGCGCUGCUCCACCUCACCGUCGUCUGCCAGUACGCGCUCUGCUGGCUCUACUGGGGCUUCACCGAGAGGUCCCGCCCCGAGCUCGUGGAGGACGGCUUCUUAGCGCUCGGCGUCGGAGCGCCGGUGGCCGCCGUCGUGUACACCGUGUGCAGCCCGCUGGGAAAAGACCCGUGCGGCGACCUGGCCGCGUGCCCCGACGCCGCCUCGGUGACACAGCAAUGCCCCACGGCCCCCACCAAGGCAGCGCACGGCGUGGUGGUGGUCGAGCCGGAGUGGGCAGGCGGCAUGUUCGACUGCGGCGGAGACGCGGCGGCGGGGUGUUGCCUCUCCCUCUCCUGCACCAUCUGUGUCUUCGGGUGGAACGCGGAGAGGCUGGGCUUUGGUAACGCAUGCGUGCACGCCACCACGUUCGCGCUCCUAUGCUUCGCGCCGCUGUGGGUGUUGGGCGUCACGGCGCUCCGCGUCCACGACGUGGCCGUCGGCGACGUGGUCGGCGGCGCCGGCGUGCUGCUCUGCGCGGGCGGCCUCCUCUACGGCGGGUACUGGAGGGUCCAGAUGAGGAGAAGGUUCCGGCUCCCGGGGAGCGCCGGGUGCUGCGGCUCCAAGUCGGCCACGGACUACGCACGGUGGCUGUUCUGCUGGCCGUGCGCGCUGGCGCAGGAGGUGCGCACGGCGAGCCGCUACCACAUCGAAGGCGAGAGCUUGUUCCACAGGAAGGCCGCCGCCGCCGCCACGACCGAUGAGCCAUUGCUCAUCGCGCCGCACAGGAUCGCUAUUGCGGCGUCGGAUCAUGAGGGGUCAUCAAAAUCAGACGGGCACUUGGUGGUGGUUGUUCAUGACGAAUUGGUUCCACCGGCUGUGGUUCAGGUUGUGGCGGCGGGAGACGACGACACAUGCGAGCAAUGCAACGUCGUUCGUGUUGAGAAGAAGAUUGAGGCCAUCGACGUGGUAGAGGAGGAUGAAUCGUCUUUGUUGGCGUCCAAUGGAGAAAUGGUGGACCACGGAUUGUCUGGUGGAAGGUGGAGGGUGGAGAAGGUGAGAAGGAUGAUCAGUGUGGUCACCAUGCUGUCCUUGCUCGUCCUUCUGUACACAAGGGGAUUUAUUCUUUAGGGGUGCAUUGAAUUUAAAGAAGAUUCUUAUUUUUUGGGGGGAAAAUAGAAUUUAAAGAUGAUUAUGUAAAUGGUUUUAGGAUUUUACUGUAUUUGCAUAGAGCAACAAGAUUAACAAUCAACUGUACAUGACUCUGUAAUUCA